GGUCGGGGCUGAGGGCGCUCGCUGGUGGUGGAUCUGCAGGCGGCUGCGGUGGCGGGGCUCCGCGGCCGGAUCGAAUCCCAUCGGGAGCCAUGAGUGUGGACAAGGCUGAGCUGUGCGGGUCUCUGCUCACCUGGCUGCAGACAUUCCACGUCCCGCCACCCUGUACCAGUCCCCAGGACCUGAGCAGUGGCCUCGCCAUAGCCUAUGUGCUUAACCAGAUAGACCCUUCCUGGUUCAACGAGGCGUGGCUCCAGGGCAUCUCAGACGACCCAUGUCCCAACUGGAGGCUGAAGGUCAGUAACUUGAAGAAAAUUUUACAGAGCCUGAUGGAGUAUUCCCAGGAUGUCCUGGGGCAUCCCAUUUUGGAGCAACACCUUCCAGAUGUGAACCUCAUUGGCGAGUUCUCAGACCCAGAAGAGCUUGGCAAGCUCCUUCAGCUGGUGCUAGGCUGUGCCAUCAGUUGUGAGAAAAAGCAGGAGCACAUCCAGAGAAUCAUGACGCUGGAAGAAUCAGUUCAGCAUGUGGUGAUGAAAGCCAUCCAAGAGCUGAUGACCAAAGACACUCCUGACUCCUUGUCACUGGAGACAUAUGGGAGCUUUGAUAACCAGUCCCGCAGGUACUACUUCCUAAGUGAAGAGGCUGAUGAGGGGGACGAGCUGCGGCAGCGCUGUCUGGACCUGGAGCGGCAGCUGGUGCUCUUGUCAGAGGAGAAGCAAAGCCUGGCGCAGGAGAAUGUGGCACUGCGGCAGCAGGUGGGCCGGCCUGAGGGUGAGGGUGCCCCCAGCCUCACAGCCAAGAAGCUGCUGCUGCUGCAAUCCCAGCUGGAGCAGCUGCAGGAAGAGAACUUCAGGCUGGAGAGUGGCAGGGAGGAUGAGCGGGUGCGCUGUGCUGAGCUGGAACGGGAGGUCACCGAGCUGCAGCAGCGGAACCAGGAGCUGACCAGCCUGGCCCAGGAGGCUCAGGCCCUGAAGGAUGAGAUGGAUGAGUUGCGGCAGUCCUCUGAACGCGCGGGGCAGCUGGAGGCCACGCUGAACAGCUGCAGGCUCCGCCUGGGCGAGCUGAGGGAGCUGCGGCGGCAGGUGCGGCAGCUGGAGGAGUGCAACGCUGGCCACGCUGAGCGCACGCAGCAGCUGGAGGAUGAGCUGCGCCGGGCUGGCUCCCUGCGUGCCCAGCUGGAGGCGCAGCGGAGGCAGGUUCAGGAACUGCAGGGCCAGCGGCAAGAGGAGGCCAUGAAGGCAGAGAAAUGGCUUUUUGAGUGUCGCAAUCUGGAGGAAAAGUUCGAGUCCGUGACAAAGGAGAAGGAGCGGCUGUUGGCAGAGCGGGACUCCCUGCGGGAGGCCAAUGAGGAGCUGCGCUGCGCCCAGCUGCAGCCGCGGGGGCUGACCCAGGCCGACCCCUCAUUGGAUCCUACCUCACCCGCUGUGGAAAACUUAGCAGCGGAGAUCCUACCUGCAGAGCUCAGGGAGACGCUCCUGCGGCUUCAGCUGGAGAACAAGCACUUGUGCCAGAAGGAGGCGGCCGACCGGGAACGGCAGGAGGAUCUGCAGCGCCACCUGGAGGAAGCCAACCGCGCGCGCCACGCGCUUGAGACACAGCACCGGCUGAAUCAGCAGCAGCUGUCGGAGCUGCGGGCCCAGGUGGAGGACCUGCAGAAGGCCCUGCAGGAGCAGGGGGGCAAGACUGAGGACGUGAGUGCCCACCUCCUCCCCGCCUGGUUCUCCCUCGUGACCCCCAGUAACUCUCCUCUCUCUUCCCCCUGCUGCCCGAUGCUCUGUGCAGUCCAUUGUAAGUAUCGUGGACCCAGGGUGGCAUUUCCUACUGUCACCCCGGCAAGGGUUUGGAACCUCUGGACUCCCCACUCACCCAGUGCUGCUUCUCUCCCGCAGUCCACCCUGCUGAAGAGGAAGCUGGAGGAACAUCUGCAAAAGCUGCAUGAGGCAGACCUGGAGCUGCAGCGGAAACGGGAAUAUAUUGAGGAGCUGGAGCCACCUGCUGAUAGCAGCACAGCCCGGCGAAUCGAGGAGCUGCAGCAUAGCCUUCAGAAGAAGGAUGCAGACUUGCGGGCCAUGGAGGAGCGGUAUCGCCGCUAUGUGGACAAGGCACGCACGGUCAUACAGACCCUGGAACCCAAGCAGCGGCCGCCUGGAGGGGCACCCCCGGAACUCCAUUCCCUGAGGACACAGCUCCGGGAGCGGGACGUUCGCAUCCAGCACUUGGAGAUGGACUUUGAGAAGAGUCGGAAUCAGCGGGAGCAGGAAGAAAAGCUACUCAUCAGUGCCUGGUAUAAUAUGGGUAUGGCUCUGCAGCAGCGAGCUGGUGAAGAAUGGGCACCCGCCCAUGCCCAGUCAUUCCUGGCACAGCAGCGGCUUGCCACUAAUGCUCGCCGUGGACCCCUGGGACGCCUAAUGCCUCUGAACGUGCGCCCCACUGAUAAGCACUGAUGGACCUCAGAAUCCUGCCCCCUGCCCAGCCAGUCAGGGCUUAAGCCACCCUGGAUUCUCCCAACUCACAUGGGGCUGAACAUCAUGCCUUGGUCAUGUGCUUGAGAACCUUGAGGUCAUGACCUCUGUCCUUUACUCUCCCAGAUUGGGCAAGAAUGUAGGACUGAGAUGGAGGAAGGUACGGGUCUGUUCUUUUUAGCAAUGUGAUUCUUAUCUUUGAUUUUCUCCUUGGGGUUAAUGAGCUGCCAGAGGAGAGAGUGAUUUUAUACUUGAAAGAUUAAAUAAAGACAUUCAGUCUCCCCUG